CAAUGCCUCGUGUCGUAUAUAAAAGUUCAGAGAAGACACAUUUGAAAAAAUCUGUGUCAAUAAUGAAUCGGAACGACACGACCGCGCGCGUUGCGCACGUCUUCAGGGGAACAUUUGUGCACUCCACACCGAGAGCUGCGGUUGGGAUACUGCAGAACUGUGUCUUAGGAGUCGACGAUAAAGGAGAAGGGCAAGAUUGCAUUUAUUGAAAAAGAUCAAGAUGUGGUCAGUCUUUCAAAAUUGUGGGGGUUUGAAAUUCUGACAUAAAACAGCUUGGACAAUAGUGAGUACAUCAAUCAAUAUGAAUUGUAUAUAUUCUAUAGUCUAAUAUACUUAAGUCUAGCAUAAGUCUGUUCAGGGUGCACACAGUCGCUUUUGCAUUCAGAACAACCAUUCAGCAGGUAACAAAAGAGCAAAACCCUUUUUGUAAACCAGCUUUGUGAUGAAAAUGUCAAUAUUUGUGAAAUAAUAAGCAUGUACAAGCUUGAAAUCUUCACAUAUCCAUUGCUCUCACCUUGGUGCAGUGCCAUUGCUUAAUUUUACUCCGUUAGCAUUAAAUUUUGCUCUACAGUGAGUUUUUUUUAUGCCUGGAAUGGUUGAUACACACAUCCAUGCCUCUCAGUAUAGCUAUACUGGCACCGCCUUAGACCUGCCUCUGCUGGAGUGGCUCAACACUUACACUUUCCCUGUGGAAGCCAAGUAUAAAGACUUGGAAUUUGCCAAUAAUGUCUACACUAAAGUUGUGAGAAGAACCGUAAAGAACGGCCCCACUACUGCUUGUUAUUUUGCCACAAUACACACUGAUGCCUCUCUUCUGCUUGGAGAGCUUGCAGAUAAGUUCGGACAAAGAGCUUUAGUGGGUAAAGUUUGCAUGGACUCCAAUUCUGCCGUUCCACAGUACAAAGAAAGUCCUAGCGAAUGUAAAGAGGAGACAGAUCAUUUCAUCAAAGAGCUUCUCAAAAAGGAGGUAAAUAACAGGCUCUGUAAAUAUGAAAAUAAAAAUAUAUUAUCUGACUGUUUCGCUCCCUCCUGUUCCUCCUCACUGCUCAGUGAAUUGGGUGAAAUCGCCAACAAAAACAAGUUUCACAUUCAGAGUCGCAUCAGUGAGAACGAAGAGGAAGUGGAGCUUGUGAAAACAUUGUUCCCAAGCUGUAAAUCCUACACUGAUGUUUACCUCAUGCACAACCUGCUUACAGAUAGAACUGUAAUGGCCCAUGGUUGUCACCUAACUGAUGAAGAACUGGAGAUCUUCCGUGAAACAGGAUCUGCAAUCUCUCACUGUCCAAACAGUAACAUUUCGGUUUGCAGUGGGAUGCUAAAUGUGCGCAAUGUUUUGAACCACAGAGUGAAAUUGUGUUUGGGGACAGAUGUAGCAGGAGGCUACUCCCCAUCCAUGCUAGAUGCUAUGCGAAGAACUCUUGAUACGUCCAAAACCCUGACCAUCCAGGAUCCUCAGCAUAAGACUCUGAGCUUUGAGGAGGUUUUCAGAUUGGCUACACUUGGAGGCAGUGAAGCCCUCUCACUGGAUGAUCAGAUCGGAAACUUUGUGGUUGGAAAGGACUUUGAUGCCCUGCGAGUGAAUGUUUGCGUUCCCGAUGGACCAAUCGAUUUGUUUCCUGGUGAAGGCCCCAAGGUCAUUUUGGAGAAGUUUUUAAAUUUAGGUGACGAUCGAAAUAUUACUGAAGUCUAUGUGGCUGGAAGACGAGUGGUUCCAGUUCCAGAUACAUAGUAUCUAGUUGUUUUUAGGUAUAUUUAUUUAUUUAUUUAUUUUUGAUAGCUUGUUUCAUGAUAAUACACUGCAGGUAUUUGUGACACUCUCUCACACACAGCUCUAAUCAGAGGCGCUUAGCUGUCUGUCUCACCUGUCCUUACUGUUUAUGAGAGUUCUCAAGUAGGAACACAGCUCUCGAUUACAUUUGCUUCAUGCCCACUAUACAACAAACAAGUUCUAAUUUAGUAGCAGAUAGUCAUUUAUUCAUGCUUCUAGACUAGUUCUCAAUGUUUUUGAACUGAAAUUGAGUGGUCAGCAUUUCAAGCGGUGACAGCAGUGUCCCUUCAGUAUGAAAUGCUAUACGUCUAAAAUAAUUUUAAACAGCAUCUUUUCUAAUUGUACGUUUUAUACACGAGUUAAGAGACUAUGUGGAAUUGUUAUACUCAAAAAUAGUGAUUUGUCACACUACAGGACUAUUUAAAGGAAUUGUAAUAAAGUGACAUCUAAAAUUAUGCACUUUCCCUUAUACAUUUAUAUAUAUAUUUUAACAAAAUCUUGAAAAGUUUGUCCAUGUUAGGGUUAAAAUGAGCCCACCCUCAAAAACAGCGGAUUGUUCCCCCAACAUACACACAACUUUACAUAUUAAAUAAUGUAUACAGUUAUUUAUAUAAUUCAUAUGUCAGCUGCCGAUUAAUUGGCAAAAUAAUUGAUAACCACAUGGAGGCGCUAAGAGACUGUGUUUUACACUGCAGCUCUCACUCCAGUCUACUGCCUUACAGCGAUGAUGUCUCAAUUAGGUAAUCACUAUUAGCAAAGAAAAAACAUCAAUUAUGAUGUGCUUCAGUGAGUGUGAGUCAUAUUUGACUCAUAUUUUCACAAUAUACUCAUAUUUGACUCACAUUUUAUAUUAAAAUAAAAAAUACCAGUAAACAUGAUUUACAUUGUAUAUGAUUUUGUUAGUAUUGUAGAUUAUUCUUUUUUCUCAAAUGAUCUGAAACAUUUUUAUGCAUUAUUAUUUUAUGCCAUGCAAGCUUGUAUCUUUUUCAGCUGAAGUUUGUUGCACCACAAUACCAACAUUCCAGUUCUGAACUCUCUGUCAGUCAGGUCUGUCUUGUGUGUUUGGAAAAUAAUCUGAACACAUUGCAAAUCUUGCUUAUGACUAAUCAGGAGACAGAAGCCAUGAACCUCCAACAUAUAUUUAAUUAGAUGUAAUUACAGACAUUUUUACAAACCAAAAUAACCGCAUUCACAGAAGAAGAUGUAAGGGACACAUUCUUUGCUAUAUAUUCUUGCUGAUAAGAACUGGGAAGAUGCCCCUCUUAAGAAGUAACUCAUGGAAUUACUGAAUAAUAACCCCAUGUAUUAUAUUAACCCCUUAACUGUCACCGUCCCACCU